GUGUGCAGGAGGCAGCUGAUCAGUGAUUCUCAUCAUUGAUGUUUCUAUCUCUCCCUGUUGCUUCCUCUCUGAAAUCAAUAAAAAAUUACAUAUAUAUGUAUAUUUUUUAAAGCCUCCAUUUUAGGAUAACACUUUUACAGUCAUGGCUACCUAAUCUCUUCACUCUUACAGUUUUCAGCUCCUGGAAAGCCUUCCCGAUACGUGCUUCCUAACCAUCUCUCCCUGUUUAGAAGGCCACUGUGGAACCUGCAUCUGUCUAAUCCUCCCCCAUGUUUAAUGGUUGAGAGUUUGAUUUCCUGUCAGACUUUGCCAGUUCAAAUUCCAGCUCUUCCACUUACUAAUGUGUGAAAUUUACUCAACCCCUUCUAUUCCAUUUCCUCAUUUGUAAAAUGGAAAUAAUGCCAACUUCAUGGGGUGCUUGUGAGAAUUAAUAAGGUGACAUAGGUAAAAGGCUUGAACUCAGUCCCUGGCAUACACUUAAGCACUCAGUACUGGCUCUUAUCUACUAUAUGAACUAACUACAAUUAACUGACGAUUGUAAUAUUGCUUUCCUGUUUCUCAGCUUUAUUGCUCUAUUUUAUUUGAUAUUGAAGGAUGAAAGAUAAAUGCUUACCAUCACCUAGAAUUGGGUUUUGGCCUUUAACAGAAUCUGAGGCAUAGCUGUUAUUAGCUUUGGAAACUGGCCUAUAAAUUACUGCUCUAAUUUAUAUUUUUCAUUAAAAGCUCAGCUUGCCUCUUCUUCUAUAGCCAUCUUCUCUGGCCCUGAAACCCUAGUGUUUAGCCAUAAAAAAAAUUUUUUUUAAAUGAAGGGGUCAUAAUUCUCUCCACUCCCUACAAAGUGUUGAUUAAUGGGAUUAAUGAUAAGAAGGUACACAAUAUAUUCUUACCUUUAACAAAAUAAAAGCAAAGGCCUGGCUUUAUUUCUCACCUUUGAAAUACAAAUCAGGGGAAUAUUAUAAUGAGGGGUAGUAUAUUUCGCUAUGCAUGUGUAGAACUUUACCAAAAAAAAAAAAAAAAAAAAAAUUGGUUUGGGUGUCAGGAAAUCUGGGAUCCUAGAUCCUUCAACAAGAUGCUGUGACCCCUAAUUGACCCUAUGCACAUUUGAUUUGUGCCUUGCAGGGUUGAGUAAAGCUCCUAGCAUCAUAUCUGACUCCCAGAACCGUCCCCAAAAUGAUAGGUAUUAUAUAGUAGCUCUCUAAAAAUGUAGCCCAUUAGGAUAACGAAAAUGGGUUAAGUGCAGCACUGAGGAGCAACCACAUCUUUGUACCUCCCAUCGAGAGAAAGGCAUGGAAAUAGAAUCGCGUGCGGCAAAGACUACAUCUCCCAUCGAGCUUUGCGGCGUGGCCAGUUCGCCUUACCCAGCGUCGCUCCCUUCACGUCUUUCCGGCGGAGGUCCCGGAUGUAGAUGGGCACCCUCCGCUCAGUAGGCGUGGCCUUCAGAGGGUUCCGAGACCUGGGACUCUCUUAUUGGUUGUUCAUUGGGGAGGGUGGGCGUUGGCCUAGGCGCGCGGCAUUCAGGCGACAGCCAAUUAGAAGCCUGUCUGGACUUUGGCGGGAGGCCGGAAAGCUACAACUGUGCACAUUUGGCGCGAAUGUGUCUGGGCUUGGCUGCUGCCGGUUUGUCCAGGAGCUUGUGAAGAAUCCCUGAAGCCUUGCGCGAGAGAGGAGAGAAGAAUCCGGUACUGAGCUGUGCGGCCAUCAUGCCUCAGACCCGAUCCCAGUCGCAGGCCACCAUCACUUUUCCAAAAAAGAAGCCGUCUCGGACCGUGGACAAAGCUAAAAGCUGCAGUGACACCAAACUGGAGCUGACCAAGGUCCAGGCCACACCCCGGACUCCCUGUGCAAAAAGCCUGCCCCUCAGCCCCAGGAAACGUCUGGGUGAUGACAACCAGUGCAACACUCCCUGUUUAUCACCCUGUUCUCCACCAAAGCUGGGCAAGAAGGAGAACGGUCCCCCUCACUCACACACACCGAGGGGACGCAAACUGGUGUUUGACAAUCAGCUGACAGUUAAGUCUCCAGGCAAAAGAAGACCGGCCAGAGUUCACCAAAACAAAAUAUGUUCCUCCGUUCAAAAAGGUCCAGAGGCCACAACAAAUUCUGAGCAGAGAUGUCCACUGGAGAAAGAAUCCGCCUGUGUGAGGCUGUUUAAGCAAGAAGGCACUUGCUACCAGCAAGCAAAGCUGGUCCUGAAUACAGCUGUCCCAGAUCGGCUCCCUGCCAGGGAAAAGGAGAUGGAUGUCAUCAGGAAUUUCCUGAGGGAGCACAUCUGUGGGAAAAAAGCUGGAAGUCUUUAUCUUUCUGGUGCUCCUGGAACUGGAAAAACUGCCUGCUUAAGCCGAAUUCUGCAAGACCUCAAGAAGGAGCUGAAAAGUUUUAAAACUAUCAUGCUGAAUUGCAUGUCCUUGAGGAGGGCUCAGGCUGUAUUCCCAGCUAUUGCUCAGGAAAUUUGUCAGGAAGGAGUAUCCAGGCCAGCUGGGAAGGACAUGAUGAAGAAACUGGAAAACCAUUUCACUGCAGAGAAGGGCCCCAUGGUUGUGUUGGUGCUGGACGAGAUGGAUCAGCUGGACAGCAAAGGGCAGGAUGUAUUGUACACACUGUUUGAAUGGCCCUGGCUAAGCAACUCUCGAUUGGUGCUGAUUGGCAUUGCUAAUACCUUGGAUCUCACAGACAGAAUUCUGCCGAGGCUUCAAGCUAGAGAAAAAUGCAAGCCACAGCUUUUGAACUUCCCACCUUAUACCAGAAAUCAGAUAGCCACUAUCUUGCAGGAUCGACUUAAUCAGGUAUCCAGAGAUCAGAUCCUGGACAGUGCUGCGAUUCAGUUCUGUGCCCGAAAAGUCUCUGCUGUUUCUGGAGACGUUCGCAAAGCACUAGAUGUUUGCAGGAGAGAGGACUUGUUUCUCAGUGGGGAGUUCUGCAUUUCCACCGUGUUAAUGUCUGAAACAUUAUCAGUCCAUUACCUACAGAGGGAGGAACAAAUGAGAUGUUGCUGGCACUCCCUGUGGAGAGCUAUUGAAAUUGUAGAGUCGGAUGUCAAAAGCCAGACUAUCCUCAAACCGCUGUCUGAAUGUAAGUCAUCCUCUGAGUCGCUGGUUCCGAAGCGGGUUGGCCUCAGUCACAUAUCCCAAGUCAUUUCAGAAGUUGAUGGAGACAGGAUGACUUUGAUCCAAGAAGGAGCACAAGAUUCCUUCCCCCUUCAGCAGAAGAUCUUGGUCUGCUCUUUGCUGCUCUUGACCAGGCAGUUGAAAACCAAAGAGGUCACUCUGGGGAAGUUAUACGAAGCCUACGGUAACGUCUGUCGCAAACAGCAGGUGGCAGCUGCGGACCAGUCAGAGUGUUUGUCACUCUCAGGGCUCUUGGAGGCCAGGGGCAUUUUAGAAUUAAAGAAAAACAAGGAAACCCGCCUCACAAAGGUGUCUUUAAAGAUUGAAGAGAAGGAAGUAGAGCAUGCUCUGAAAGACAGAACUUUAAUUGGAAAUAUCUUAGCUACUGGAUUGCCUUAAAAUCUUUUAUUUUUCAUACUUCCCACCUGAAAGUAUCCAGUGUUAUCUAGAAUGUUAUAAAGUCUUCGUGUUAGUACUUUAAUAUAUUCAGGUCUGAAAACAGUACUCUUUUUACUUGAAAAUGAUCAAUUUUAAUUUAUAGAUUCAAGAAUGUUUACACAGAAUAUAACAUCUUUGGGUUUUAUUAUUUUUGGGGGAGUGUUAUUUUUAUGCAUUAAAAAUGAGGGUCUUAUUACUUUUAUGCAUUAAAAAUUACCAAGUAGAUCCUUUUAAAUUAUAUUUACUACUUAAUAAGCUUGCAAGGAUAUAGAUUUAUGUUGUGGAAUGUGCGUAUAUUUACCUCUUUGUUCCCUCAAACAUUGGUGUAUUUGAAAGAACUUUGGCACUCAAAUCAGAAGAAUGAAAAAGGGUGAUCCAGCAAAAUAAGCAAGUCCUCGUGGAGAUGUGGAGGACACUUCGUGAUCAAAGGAUUUCUUUUUCUUUUUGGAGUUUCCUGUGUUUGCCUUGCAGAUACUUCCACAUUGUGGCAUUUUAAAGACUCACUUGAGUUCCUUAGGCACUCCCCAGGGAGUGGGGGUGGUAAGCAGAAUGUAACUCUACAGAUUGUGAAUAUAUUUAUUUUCAAGUUGC